AAACUUUGUUCCUUCCGCCAUUUUGCUCCGUGCGAGAAGGGCUCAUUUUUCUCUAUCAUUUGAGGCGAAAUUCAUCUGAUUUCAACGCUACAGCAGCCAGGCAACGUUUCAGUCAUAUAGGCUGGGCCAAGCAGUGGAAGAACCAUUGAAGAAAAGACCAUCGUGUAUUCUGGAGGACGAGACUAGCAACAGAGAACGAAACAGGCACGAGAGGGCAACAGGACAAGGAAAAGGAAACUCUGCUCAAGGAGGCGUGUGGUAUUGAUCCUCAACCAACCGACAAGGUUCGGUCAUUACAGAUAUACGUGCUGCAAAAUCAUCCAGGACAGAUGGAAGGGCAAAGAGCCGAGGAUGCUUUAGAUGCUGUGUUGGCUACAUCCCACAGCUGCGACCAUUGCGGAUAUAGGGCGGCUUACAAAUCUCAGCUGACGAGACAUAUGAGAAAACAUACGGGUGAGACACAUGGUGAAAAGGACUUUAUGUGUGGGGAAUGCGGAUACAGGGCGGCUUACAAGUCUCAGCUGACUAGGCAUAUGAGAAAACAUACGGGUGAGAAACCCUUUAAGUGCGACCAGUGUGACUAUUCUGCUGCACUGAAAGGCAGUUUAAUCUACCAUAUGAGAAAGCAUAAAGGUAAGAAGUCCUACAAAUGUGACCGGUACGACUACUCUACUGCAGAUAAAUCUCAUUUGGACCAACAUGUGGCUAAGUACAGAGUUGAAAAACCAAACAAAUGUGACCAGAAUGAUUACUCCGUUGCAAAAACAUCUCAUUUGGACCAACAUAUGGCUGAACAAACAGUUGAAAAACAGUUCAUGUGUGGACGGUGUGGGUACAAGACUGAUAACAGGUUUCACCUAUCUGAACAUAUGAAAAAACAUACAGGUUGGAAACCUUUUAAAUGUAACCAGUGCGACUAUUCUGCUGCACAAAAGUGGGCUUUUGACUGCCACAUGGCUAAGCACAAAGGUGAAAAACCCUACAUGUGUGGAGAGUGCGGGUACAGGACGGAAUACAGGUAUAGCCUAACCCAACAUAUGAGAAAACAUACAGGUGAAAAACCCUACAAAUGUGACAUGUGUGACUAUUCUGCUGCACACGGAUACAGUCUUCAACUGCACAAGGAAAAACACACUAGUUAAAUACCAUGUGUGGGGUGUGUGGGUACAGUAAUCUCCAAGCAGAUCCUACAGUAGCAUAAGAUAAUAUCAAAACCUAAACUUUUGCCCAUGAUGCUAAUAUUUCAUUAUAGGUACUGAAAGAUAUAUGUAUAGCAUAGAGAACUUGUAAACAUCCCUGGAUGUAUUUGCACAUCUGUACGUUUCAGUGCGGAAAUACGCCCAUGUCUUGAAAUUUAAAUUCUUGAAUGCCCUCGUGUAGCUUUAUUGCCAGUGCGUUGUAGCUGGCCAUGUUCAAGAAGCAAUAAAAAUAUUAAAAUGAAAUAACCUUAAUUAAAAAUACUAGUUUAUUCUUGUUUGCUUGUCUUUCCAUAGGCAUAUUUCACAUUGCUGAUCCAUUGUUGUAGACUUAGAAUAAACCUACGGCAGUUUCCGUAGUGUUUUGUUUUUGUGACGUGGGACUUUUGCAUGUAUUUUUCUUGUUUGAGCAAAAGCUAUCUGAUUUUUUGUGAAAUAGAGGGAAAGAGAGAAUAGGGGAGACGGAAAUAAAACCAAGCGAAGAUGAUUAAUAGCAACACAUUGUGGUUAGCGUGACAAUGUAGUCUGUCUCGCUA